CCGGAGACCCGUCGCCAUGGUUACAUUACAGUCCAAAUGGCGCUUCCUGUUCAUGUUCCUGGGCAUCCAGCUGGUCGUCAUGGCGCUGCUGUCCCGGGAGGGAUACCACAAACGGGUCAGCUACUUUAUCCGGAUCUUCCGCAAGGGGGACGCGGCAGGUCCACAGCUCCGGAACCGUACGAGCGCCGCCUUCAGUGGAGGGGACGUUUAUGCCAACCUGUCCCAUCUGUCCAAAGGACACAGCCAUGGAGACGAAAUGCCUUACUGCCCAAAGACGUCCCCCCUGAUAGGGGGGCCGAUCCACGUCAGCUUCCCGUCCGGCCUCACCCUGGCUGAGGUUCAGAGGAAAAACCCCCUGGUGGUGCGAGGAGGGCGCUACAGGCCGCCCUACUGCGAGCCCAGACACAAGACGGCCAUCAUCAUCCCCCACCGGCACCGAGAGCAUCACCUAAAGUUCCUGCUCUACUACCUGCAUCCGUUCCUGCAGCGGCAGCAGCUCAACUACGGGAUCUACGUCAUCCACCAGGCGGGAAAUUACACCUUUAACCGAGCCAAGCUGAUGAACGUUGGUUUCCGAGAGGCCAUGAGGGAGGAGGACUGGGAUUGUCUCUUCUUCCAUGACGUCGACCUCAUCCCAGAGGACGACCGCAACCUUUACGUCUGCGACGCCAACCCCAAGCAUGCCGCCAUCGCCAUGGACAAGUUCGGCUACAAGCUUCCGUACAAGAUGUACUUUGGAGGAGUGUCGGCUCUGUCGCCACUGCACUACCUCAAGAUGAACGGCUUCCCCAACAACUACUGGGGCUGGGGUGGAGAGGACGACGACAUUGGAGUCAGGGUUUCUCUGGGUGGGAUGUACAUCAGCCGGCCGUCCCUGAAAGUCGGCCGCUACAAAAUGAUCAAACACAAGCUGGACAAAGGCAACGACGUGAACCCGAAGAGGUUCAACAUGCUGGCAAAGACACGUCAGACCUGGAAGAUGGACGGGAUGAACACAUGUGAAUAUGAGCUCCUCUCUCGCAAAUACCUGCCUCUCUACACCAACAUCACCGUCAACAUUGGUACCGAGUCCGGCCUGCACUCGCCGGCUCAGAAACUCAAGGCUGCUCCCGAACCUGUGGAGAAACCUGCAGAGAAACCUGCAGAGAAACCUGCAGAGAAACCUGCAGAGAAACCUGCAGCCAACUCGUCAACCAAACGAGAUAAAGAACCACCUGCUGUGAAAUAAUCCUGUUGGUGGAAGUUGGUGUUCAGGUUCUUCUGUCUGAGGAGGAUCAACACCACAGGACUGAUCUCUGCAAAAAUGACGUGAUGGCUCCCCCUUGUGGCUCCUAUAAUCUUACAUCUGGUUGUUCCACUGGAGCUGCAGAAAGGAGGAACUCAGUUGGACUCUGUGAGUUUCUGUGUAUGGCGUUGUAGCCGCUGUAAAAACCGUGCGAGGCCUUAGAAUCAUGUAUUUUUCUCUUCACUUAGAGCUUACUGUGUGUGGACUGAGUUUAAUGGAUGAGUUCCUGAGAAGCUGCUGCUGUUUCUGCUUCUGAAACACAUUUCCAGACAUUUCCCUUUGAGGCUUUAAGCCUCCGUGCAGCAGAGAGUCCGAACACCUCAAACUGAAGGUCUGCAGAGAAGCUGCUUCAGGUUGGAUCUGUGAAAGCUUGAAGGUUGAACAGCAGAGGGAGCCUAGGAGACGUUCUGAGGCUGAAUGAUUUUCUGAAAGCAACAUUUAGUUUUAGUUUCUGCUUUUUCCCAUGAAAUGAAUAUUUCCACCUUCCUGCCUUUUUUUUUCCUGCAUUUUCUUCAUUCGACAGCUGAUUGUGUGAAAAAGUCUCUUCAUGUGAGUUUGGCAGAAGAAACCAAAGAUGAUGACGUGGAGAUCUGCUCUGGAUCAGUAGCUCCAUGUGGUGAAGGACUUUUUUUCUCCUUCAUAUCACUUGAUGUUAGUUUGUCGAAGCGGAGCUCCAGGAUCUCGCAGACUCCUGGAAUACCAAGUUAUCGCUUAGAUGGGAAGUGGCCUUAGAAGCUCCAGCAUGGAUCUGAUCAUCAGGAGAUAGAUGUAGGACAGAAACACCUGUUUGGGCCAGACGUUUAACUCUUGUAGGAGGUGAACUGAAGUGGACAGAUGUCUCCAGGUGGGCUGACAUUUUCUGAGUUCAGCAGCACCAUGGGUCAUCACAGGGUUCUGGUGUCGAGUACUUCUGCUCUCCUUUCCAAUGUCUGCACAGUUCACAGUGGCCUUAUCCUGAAUAAACUGAUUCAAAGUAAAAA